UCACAUGUGAUAUCUCAAUUGGCCCAAGAGGGGGGCGCGCUGCAUCAUUCGUGGGGGACGAGAUGUUUUUUGUUGCCUUGCUUUUUGUUUAGUUUUGUAUGUUGUUUCCGGAAGUUAGAGGGUGUUAAAAGUUUUGGAUUUCCACCUUUUGUUUUCUGAGUACAGUAGUGGGCGGCAACAGAGAUACUUUUGAGGAGAUAGGAAACUCCUUGGAAUCAUAUUUACGUCCGCUGUGUACGUUUCCCGUUCGUAAUAUCUCUGGCGGCAACACAACUUUUCAGGAAGUAGUCCGUCCUAAUACCACACCGAAGAAGAACAUUUUGGAGCCAUGAUUUGGAGCUUGCGAACAUGGAGUCACUGAAGGAAUGUCGUCUUUGCCCCAUAUAUUUAUGCAAUUUCCUUUUUGUUGUUGUUUGUUGGCAAUCUACUCAAGCUGGUGACUGUCCUGCAGAUGGGCGCACCUGGGUGCCUUUCAGACAAAGAUGCUACCACUUCGUCCAUGGAGAAGAAGAUGUGGCAAAAAGCUAUACUAUUGACGCUGCGAAAAACAUCUGCUCAGGAUAUGAACUGUUGAGUGUCCAAAGUGCAGAGGAGAAUAAUUUCAUCACCAAGUACAGUCCGCAGGUGUGGAAAGGCAACAUGCACGUGUGGUUGGGCAUGUAUUAUGACAGUGAUGAUGAGGACUUUAAGUGGCAAGAUGAAACGGGUCUGAGCUUUAAUAACUGGGGGAAUAACUCCAGUGAGUCUGAAUUGAUUCCCAUGGACACCUGUGUGGCCAUGCACAGCAGCACAGGGGAGUGGAUGAAAGUCAGCUGUGUCGAAAACCCAGAGAAUGGCGUGGUCUGUGAAACUGCUGAAAAGAAGGAUGGCAAACUUGCUCCCAGUCCACUGCUUUCAGCUCUGGUAAUUCUCAGUGUGAUCGGAAUCAUGGGGAUCUCUGCAGUCUUUUGGUUCCUGCACCAGAAGCACCAACACGGUACCGUCCUCACGUCAUUCGAGUACCACCCCCCGUUCAGGUCUCCCACCUCUGACGAGGCCUGCCUAGUGGAGACUGAUGACAUGGCUUAGUGGGAAGUCCUCUUAGAUUAUGCUGUGUGCAGUCACUCUUGGAGGAGAGGACUCGGAGAGAAAAAGGUGACCUUAAUUGAGGCGGGUUCCAUUGUCCAGGAGAGAUGAUUUGACAGAUAAAAUAACAUACUGCGAUGGAAUGACACGUGGCAAAACUUUUAUCACCAACUAGAGCCACCGUCUGCUUAGGUCCUUUACACCAUUGCCUGUGUGAAUGGGCUCCCUUAUGGAUAUUGGGUCCGUCUGCUUUUUGAAGAUGUAUUAUUUUAAUUAUGGAUGUUUGUGUUUGCCGAACAGGAUCCUAAUGAAAGUGUGUUUUCAGAAAACUUUCCUUCAGAAAAUCCUGGUUUCAUAGUUCAGGGUGCCCUAAAGUCCAUUACUGUGAAUGUAGACUAUCAUUUGCUUGCAGUUAGAAUUAAUUCAAUAUUGAAUUGUGAGAAUCGCUGUUUUCAAUCUUCAAAGACAUUCGGUCUCCUGUUGUUUUUUGUCUGCAUCUGCAUACUAUUUGUGAUCUUUGUACCGCAUGGCGAGUCCGAUUUGAAAAGUUAUCAUUAUCAAACAUCUUCAUGUUCUAUUGCCCUUGUAAGUGUUCAUACUUUUCAGUGAUUGUAUCUCUUCCCCUAGUGUCCAGGCUUCAAAUGUCUUAGUUCUCGAUUUAAGAGAUAAAUACAAGUAAUUGAAAUUACAGAGGGAUAAUCCAUCAUUUAUAUCUCAAACAACCAGAUUAAGGCUUGUCAAAGAGCCAGAUCCAACCAGUGUGCAUUUUCUCAACAAAAAAAAGGGGAUCUCUGCGGACCUGUGUCCCAUUGUUUGCAUGCUGCUGUAACUUAGUUCAAAGCAUUCUUUGUGGCGAUUGUCAAUGUACUGACAAGCUUUUAAAGAUGAUUACAUUUAUAAUAGAUAUGAUUUUUUUGUGCAUUAGUCUGUAGUGACAUGCAUGAACGUCCAUUCAUGGGAGAAAACAUUUUAGUGAGGAUCGUUUGCCUUUGACCUGAACCAUAUCCUUGUUCCGACUUCCUAAAUAAUCUUUUUUUUUUUUUUUUUACAAAGCUAUUAAUCCAAAUUCUAAUGGACUAAUUUUGGUAUGGUCAGUGCUUUUACUAAUGCAUUAGUGAUACAGUAUGUUACAGUUUGUGGAGUGGGCCUAAAAUUGUGUUUUGACAGAACUACACCCUCAUAAGGUCUUUUGAAUGUCUGUGAAAGCUUUUUGCUAAUAACUGUGCAAUAUUAAUUUAAUUUGGCUUUAGCUAAGCCCUAUUUGUUACUCAAAAUAAAGUUUGGAAAU